UCCCGUCUCCCAGUUGACACGUGUAGAGCAUCCCUCUUACCAGUUUUUUUAAUCGCCAUUGGGCCUUCAUGAGGAUAUUUGGGCCUCAAAAUAUUUUUAGGUCGUUGAAAUGAGGUUGAUCUUUUGAUUCAUUGAUUGGUUGAAAUUGAGACCACUAAGAGGUCAGAAAACAAAUAAUUGAAGCUGUCACCCGAGAUAUACGCUUUGAAGCGCAACAUUUAUCUCGGUGCCCUGUAGAGGCACCCCGAUUGAUUGAUUGAUAUCUCUCUCCUGAAGCUCCUUUUGGUUCUUCUACUAACCACCAUCUUUGUUUUUCUUCCUCUGAUGUAUGACUCCUUUGGUUCUUUGCUUGUCGAUUUUUCUUACUGAUACAACGAACAACUUACUUUCCGUUUGUGUCGUCGGUUUGAGGAGAGCAUUUUCAUCUACGUAAAAUUUCCUAAUCGUUGGUUGCGUCUAUCUCUAAAGUAGAACCCCCAUACCUCCAUCCUAGACCUAAAAAUAGCUUCAUGCUCUUUAAACAUGUACUGUAAUUCUUCAUUGAAGGUACUAGUUCCAUUCUAAAAAUCCUCGCAGCACCCCCACCCCUCCCCUUGUUCUACAUAGAUCGCAAUACUCUUCUAGUUCUUGUCCUCCUGGUUCUUGUACUCGAGUACUCUUCUACUCUACUCUUCGCCCAAUAUGAUGCAAUUUCGUGUCUCCUCCCUAGCCAAGAACCUCUUCGAGAGGCAACAGGGGAAGCUCAGAGAGCGCAAAAAGACGGACGUGACUCUGGGAGACGUCCUCGAGGAUGAGAUUGGCCUGGAAACGUUGGAACUGCCACGCUCAGUCUGGGAUUGCAUGGGUCUGGCAUGCAAGUUUACCACGGUGAAUUUACAUUAUGAUUGCUUGAUGUCCACUUCAAGAAUAGGGUUAGUAAUGAAGCACGUAAUUAUUAUGAUUGCUUGAUGUCGUGCGUGGUUGUUGAUCACAAAGGUAGUAGAAGUAGUAGUCGUAGUGUUAGUGCCUCUACUUCCCCAAAGGUAGUAGAAGUCGUUGUAGUCGUAGUAGUACUGUUAGUACCCCUUCGCGUUCGCGGGGUACGUAUUGAUGGUUGCGAUUCAUCUUCAAGGACAAGGACUGUCCGACAGUGAAACGAGAUUGGAGAGAUUCCUUUUGGAUUUUUCUGUUUCUUAGAAGAUGAUUUCUCGAGAGUUCUAAGGCCAAGGCGAUCUAGCCGUGGAGGUGAAUGCCGCGACUAGAGGAGGAUCCGCACCUCCCAGUGCGAUUGAUGCGUCACCUGCAGACUCAAAUAACCCACAAGAUGCUGGUGCUGCGAGUCCUAUGCAUACUGGCGGUGUGGCUAUUGGCGGAGGAGCAGCAACUAUUAAGGCUUAGUUCAGCUCAACCUCAAGGAAGAGGACAUCCUGAGGACGAAGAUGGUCUCAGGAUGAAGAUCUUCAUCUUCAAGAUGAAUAUAUGUUAAGUAGAUGUUGAUGUAUCUAUUUAGAGUGAUAGUGAUUGGUCUUUUUUAGCAGAUAUUAAGAGUUGUAUACUUGAAGAUGAGAAUGCCCUUUUCUCUUUUCUAUCUUCCUCUGGUUGUCUUUCUUUUUUCUAGUAGUUAUGUUAGGUCUGCUGCUGCUCCAGCACAAAACAUAUAUAAGAAGUAGAUGUAAGGGUCUCUAAAUCUAGUUCAAAAGCAGUUGCGGCAGGGGAAAGCUCGAAUAAGAAGGCGUUUGUGUCAACACUGUUGCCUCGUAUCGUCGACAUCAAUAGGAAGAACUAUCAGCCAAUGACAACUGGGCUGAAAAAUGAGCCGAUGUAUGGGAGACGGUAUUAAUUUUUGUGGUAGAGUUGAGUUCAUUCCGAAUAAAACACUUUCUAAGACUUGUUCUUCCACUUUAUCUAACACAUCAAGAAGUACAACUGCUACAACGGAAAAUCAUGAUCACGCAGAGCAAAAACUAGUAGUAGAAGUAGUACUGCUCACAACUACUGCAUAGCGACAUUAAACCUGCACCGCCUCGCGCUAGGCACAUUCAUUCACUCACUCACUCAUUCACUCACUCUUCACUCAUUUAUAGAAUACCUCUUCAUGAACAUGAUCCGCUAACGCUUCUAGAUGAAGUGUGCUGGUGCACGUCGUUGUCCUCCGACUACAACAAUCAGAAACCCCCCUGACCAGGACUUCGACAGACGGUCGUGGAGCUGGUACGCAGAUGAUUCAGAGCGCUGUCUUUUUUCACGGCCAGCGCGUGAUAGUGCCAGACUCCCUAGUGGUAGAGCCGAUAAAAAGCGGUAAUAUCGAGCUCUACGACCAUGUCCAAGGCAAGCACGUCGAUUUCGAGGACUUCAUCCACGCGCAUGGGCUGCAAAGAACGGUUGGCUUCGAUCCGCCAGUUGAUGAGCUCGUUUUAAGGCUCACAGCAAUGGGGGAAACACGUCAAAGAUGCACUUAAAGAUGAAUAUAUGUGAUUGUGAGCUCUAAUCGUUGCAAUGGGACCGAAGAGAAGGCACAACCUGGCGACAGAGGAGGCUGCAGACGUCGCAGAGAAGUUAUGGAUCAUAGGGAAUAACAACCAGAACAAGAAUGAAGUAGUAGGUGAGACUAGGACAACUACUGUUGAGCAGCUUUUAGUUUUUACCUCCUCUAAAAAUAGCACCAAAAGUGGAUCGCGCAAAAGAUGGGGAGGAGCCACCUCCAAGUCUUUUUACACGACGAAUACCGAAGCCAAAAAGCAAGUUUGAGAAGCCAUUCAUUGUCGGGAAAGAUCAACCUUUAUGGAGCCAAUCCGAUGAUCAACAAUGACGUUUGCUGGUCUUCCUGUUUAUUAAUUUGCUAUUGCUGGUCUUCUUGUUUAUUAUUAGCAUGGAGUGCAUGGAGCGCAGAUCUCUAAGGGACGCAAGAAGCGCGCCCUUUAGCUCCAUGCGAUCCAUGCACUCCAUGCCAUGCAGCUCGCAAAUCACUCUGUUACUCAUUGGGCUAGUUCGUAAGGCAGCACGCUCAACUCCAAGAGGAGCGAAGGAACGUUUCAAAACAAUUUACUCUUAGAGAACAAUACCCUUCGCUGUCUAGGUCCGCGUCCAACAAGCAACGUUUUGACAUCGUCAAAACGUAUGAUCCAACACCCAUGAUCCAACUUUCUUAUAAUUCUUGACACCCUCUCAUCUACAACUACAACAAGAACAGUUCCCUGCUAACCCCCCUCAUCUCUCCACGAACCCACCUCAUGCUCAUCUCUCCCUCUUUCAUCUGUUCCACCUACGCCAGAGGACUUCAUACAUUUCGAGAUGUUCAAACCCGUUGCUCGCAUAAAGUUCAGACAGGAGGCUGAAGACGGCAGUCUCUUCGACAAGGAAAUCGUCUACCAGUCUUCGCACGUGGUCAACGAAGUUUCCCUUGGGUGGAGACUAGAGGUCAAGGAUUUUGUUAAGGCGAAGCAUCGCUGAAGGAGCCUCCUCAAGAAUGAAUUUCCUCGUCCUUCUUGGCUCUUUUUCUACUUGAAUGAUCAGGCUUGUUAGAUCAAGUUAGGAGCUCUAAUUCUGACAUCAAAACGAACGUCGACAUGGGAGAAGACCUGAUGAAGGCUUUGGACUCUAGGGCAGCAUCGUUGGGGAAAGCGGGGACCAAGAAUUCUCCGACUCUAGGAUCGCCAGGUGGAGGAAAGGGCACUCAAAGUCCAAUAUCGGCGUCAAUAUCUAGUGCUGCGGCUGCUGCGCAUAGGCACUAUAGCGGAACCGAUUCUAAUAUUAGGGCGACAAGAAAUCUCCCAUUUUCACAGGCAUCUUGGUCCCGUUUUUAAAGGGAAAAGGAGGCCCAAGAUUUUUGUUCAGAAGAUGGAUCUCCAGCAUUACUUGUUCUAAUAUUAGCACCGUGCUCGGUAGCGCUGUGGGUGUGGACCAAGAGCAGCUAACCGGUGCUCAAUUAGCAGCGUGGAAGCACGAGGAAGAACAGUUCGCACGUCUUCUGCGUGAAAUCUUCAAAGAGUUCUUCUUCAUGUGCAAGAUGGAAAAGAUCAACCUGCGGAAAUUAGAACCAGUCUACAUGGGUAUGAGCGCAUCUGACGAGUUGAAGAAGACCUUAUUUUCCGAUAUGGUACUUAUUACUAUUAGAAGUACUUGACCUUGUUUUCCGAUAUGGAGGUACUUAUUAGAAGUAUAAGAAGUACUUAGAAGAUACUGAUACAUGAUCAGUUCAUUUUUUCUGAACAACUUGAAGAACUUUUAUCAAGGAGCUACUGCUAGAGCUAGAAUCCUCUAUUUCUUCUCCACCAGGACGGCCGAACUUGUCGAAAUGGCCAUCUGAUGACAGCGAUUCCAUGUCACGAACUGCGGUGGACCCGACCCGCAGCGUGUAUUCAGUGCAGAGAGCUUACAACAUACAAAGUGAUCACGUGCGCGAAAAGGUACUAUUUUUUACUUAGUAACUAGAAACUUCUAGUACAGAAAUAAUACUUAGUAGUAGUUAUGACUCUUUCCUGCGCGAGCUCGUCUUGGCUUUCUUUUGACCGGUACUACGAGGGUAGAGUGCGAGAGUGAGAGUACGUUCUAUCUUAGCCCUCAAGACCUUGCUCCUCUUCUUGAACAAAAUAACAGGGACCACGACGGCCAGUUUCUUCCUUUAUACUUAGUAGAGACCACUACAGAAAUAAUACACUCUGUUGCUAUAUAGAUUGAAAUCAAAUCACCUCAGAUGCGAGAUCUCCGGUUAUUGUAUCGGCUGCGAGAGCGACGACGAAUUUCACGCCUCACUUCGCGCCUACUGCCAAGAAGCUGACGCCAAAAAACAGCUAGAACAAAAGCUUGAGGACACGAACAGCAAGAGCAACAAGCAGAUCCGGCUGCUGGGUACACCAGUGAAUGAGUAUGACAUGAACAUCUUGGUCAGAUUCUUGGUCGUGACCAAGAUACCAUAUCGGGAGCAGCUCGACGAUCCUUGGAUCUUCGAAACGCAGGCUGUCAAGGAAUUGUCUCAGAUAUUGUUUCCGGGUCAGGUGAUGGAUCUUCAGGGUCUUAUGUUGACGGGAUGAGAAUUAUUCACAAGAUGUACACUCAGCUCCAGUUAUUACUUCAGGUAGUGCCUAAAGAGAAAAAGGUUAGUACCCUCUACAUCUACAAGUGAUGAUCUUGAUCGCCUUCAAAAAUGCCACCCCUAACCCGAAGCAUCUCAGGAUGCCCUCUACAUCUACAAGUGAUGAUCUUGAUCUUCGAAAAUACCACCCCUAACCCUAAGCAUCUCAUCAUCACCUUCUAAUCCAAAACUAGUUUACAGCUGUCAUCCGCAGAUCAUGAUCUUGAACUGUUCACCUGCUGGCGGCGCAUCCUCGAAGGUUGUGAUGGAGGUCGUACUGGUCCAUCCUAGAGUGGGCAAGGAGAUCAUUCCGAGGACACGACACUUUAGAGGAACAGAUCGAAGCGAUGCUAUAGAUCUGCCGACGUCGUUAUGCUUGAAGGGUUAAAAAUACCAUUGUAGGAUUGUUGUUUAAACGAUCCUUUCGCACCAAUCCCCAUGGUUUGCUCCAUUUGAACUCCCAUUUUCCCCUUGAACUAGAGAAGAGCCCUCAUUGUACAAGAAGCUGAAGUUGAAGUGAUGCUGCUCAUGUGUUGGUCGUGUAGCAAGUCUUCUUCAAUGCAAGAAAAUCAACAUUUGUAGCACGUGCUCACUGCUGAAUUUGUUGAACAUCCACCGCCUACAAGAACUACCCUGGUCUUCCUUCUGCUCACUUACAGAUAAGUACUUACUUUUGAUUUAAGUGAUGAAUCCAGGUGGAGCUACAACCCUGGAGGACCUUUUUCAUACCCUGGCCGCAACAAUCUCGUGGACAAGUUCAAUGAGCUGAGCGAGUGGGUAAACAUGGAUGGGUCAAGUGGAAUGGUCGAUCGCGAUGACACGUCCAGAUUUCCGAUAAUGUCAAGAUCCUUGCGAACGCAGAUGGUGUCAAUGCUUCUCGCUAGAGGGAAGCUGGAAACGGUCUUUCCGGUGCGAGCGGAUGUUCUCAGUAUUGUUGAUAAGAAUUCUUGAUGUUGUAGUCGUCGAUCAUCUUGGGAAGAUUUGAUAUCAUACAUACACAUUUUUUAUAUGGUGUUCUCGUUUCUGCUAUGGUGUUCUCGUUUCUGCCAAACUACUAUCUUUAUCCUCAUGAUACACAACCACAACCUUCCUUCCAGCCUACAACUUCAAGACCCGAUUGCGCACAGUUACCUGUCAGGAUUGCAAAAAGCCGGAGAUUGAAGACAGAACCUUGAAACACCAUAAGGAGACAGAGUGUCUCAUGCGUAAGAUCCGCUGUUCUCAGGAUUGUGGUGCGAUGAUUUUAUGAAAAACGACAUUGAUUUAAUGAUACCAUUAUCUUACUUCCUUGUUAGGUGAAGUAGUAAACUACAGAAUGCGAUUAAUAGAUAAUUUGCAUUUGGAGGAAAUAAAGCUGCCGCUGCCCUGUUCUUUGAGACUGAUCGACUUAAUGUAAAACCACGAUGAAAGUUUGAAUAGGUUGUUGUUAAUGUUACUUACAAACACUGGUGGAGUAUAUUCGACUGAACACAUCGUGUCUAACCUCCCUAGCCCGCGACGACGAAGAUCACAGGUUUAACCAUUGUGCCAACCGCGCCGUCUAUUGUCCUCUGUGUAAUGGGCCAGUAGUCUUGCACCAGGUGUUAAGGCUCAACUUUCAUUGGUCACCAUUUAGAUUGGAGCCACUGAAAUCGAAGAGGGUCCCCUUGAGAGAACAGGGGAAAACGAAGGGAAAGGGGAGAGCCUUGGAGGGGGUCUCUUCCUGUCCGAGUCAGUGACCAAUGAAUGCUGAGCUUUAAAAGUGGAUGCGCAUGUAGAAAACUGCGAAUACAGACCAUGGACCUGCCCACUCUGCGAUAUGCACUUGAAAGUGAAAGACAUGGAAUCACACAAACUAGUUUGUGCGAAUAGGCAGAUAGAGUGCAAUUGGUGCGGAGAAAUGACCAUCUUCUACAAGCUAGUGCCAGAGCAUAAAAAGAGGCUUUGCUGCAGGAGACAGGAGAAUUAUGGCUGCAAGGAUGGAAUUGGAUAGAUACUCAACAUAAUAGUUUUAGGAGUUAUCAAUUCCCAAAGGACGAGGACCACAGCAUUCGCUUUACAUUUUUGGGUCCUUUAGAUUUUUUCCUCCAAUUAAUUUCUUCAAGUAGAACACACACACCUUGCCUCAACCUCACUCCCCACCUACUACUUCGCUCUCUCCCUCUUCAUAGCCAAGCCGAAGAGCUCCGAGACCGCAUCUUCGCUAUUGACCAUGAGGCAGUUGCAGCCCUACUAGACGAUGGUGUUGCGCCAACUUUGGAUGCUAACGAUGCGACCUUGGUAGACCUAGGGAUCGUUAGUACACAGGGAAUGCAACUUGACGGUGGAAAUUCGUUGAACACGCAGAUGAUGGGGUAUUCCUCGGUUUUCGUUUUCGUUUGUAUUUUUUUCUCUCUGAACAAGAUGAUUCAUCAACAGAAUUCUUCAUCUGCACAAACCUUUUUUAAUUUAUUCUCAAAAAUUUCGAUGGGCUUUCGCUAAUGCUUGUACUCAUCUCUGCCGCAAGUUAUUGGGUUCCAUUUCCGUCUCGUCACAGGUCUUCCAUCCUCCACCCGGAGCACCAAUCGAGUAUGAUGAUGACGAACCCUUUGCCGUCGCCAGUUGGCGUCUCCCUUACUGAAACUAAUGUGCCUCUGGUUUCGCGACCGGGAACACGGGAUGUUGGCACAAGGGUUUACAUGGGAAUGGAGUCUCGUACGUAUCAUGAUGCGCAAGAAAUGCAAGAACGCGCUCAGAUGAAUGAAGAAGUCACGCAUGCUCAUAUCCUAAUAGCAAGUCCUAGUCGUGGUGCAGCUCGGGGACACAGGAGGCAGCAACGACCAGGAGAUGAUGCAAUAAUUUCAUCGCCUGAGCGUUUAGUGAGGCCAGAAAGUCGAGCAAACAAUGCACGAGUGUUUGCAGGAACAUCACCAAAUGUUGGGGGUGCUGCUGCUGGAGGAGCUCAUAUUGCCAGCAGUCCAGAGUCCCCCAAAGGACCAAAACAAGACUUCGCAUCAUGGUACGAUGAGCAAGGGUUCUCGCAGAUGUCACCGGAACACGAGUUAUGGUACUAGAAAAACUCGACUAGACCUGCUCGAGAACAGAAUAACAGAAUAAAAGCAACGGACACAUCAAGAACUUCUACCCUUCUUUCAUACCAAGCCGAAGACGCUUUCGGCAAGGAUAGUCCGCACUCACCGCGAACGAACUCGGGAAAGUCGCAGUUCUCACGAAUACAACUGCGCAAAUCCAUCGAUGACCAAGUGCUCACCAGUGCUUUUGAUUUUAAGGGUAGGUUAAAGGUGCUUUUCUUACCGCUUUUUAUGCCUCUCUCCCUUAGGAUGAGAAAGGCAUAACAAGCGGGGUAAGCGAGCACCAAAAGCCUACCUCUAAUGAUUCUCUGGGCCUCGCGUUGCCGGUUAGACAUUACACGUUGAAUCAGCCCUCUGGAGGUUGUAGUGUGGAGAUGGAUGGAGGAGCUAAUGAUCAUGGUUAUGCUUUGAGUUUGACUCAGGUUGCUAUUGCUUUCAUUUUUUGGAUAAUGAGAAGCUACAAACAGGUAGUACUCAUGGAUUUAGAUUUACUCAAUAAUAGCACAACUUCUAGAUAGGGGAUGAUCAUCAUCAUCGUUUUUCCACUGAAAGAACGUAAGUAGCCACCUCCUUCUCCACACUCUAACACUUCGCCACCAUGAAGGGCGAGGACCAUCGUGCUGCGGGAGGCGUCGGGACGAUGCCGCAAGAGUCGAGCUUAUUUGAGGAAAGCAUGCUGUCACAGCAUAACGACCUCCUGGAUCAUGGCGCAAACAAGGACCUCCAGCACAACGGCUCCCUUGCCCUCUCCCACGAUGGAAGCAUUGCUCUCGACAUCAAUUUCGUGGAGAAGGAGAGCGGCAUCGAGAACAAGCCAGGCAGACAUCUGUAUGCAGGAUUGGGGUUGCAUUCUGCAGUGCAAGCUGGGGACCUGGAGACUCUGCGAAUGGUGUGCGAGCAAGAGGAGAUGGAAGUAGACUUGCACAUCCGGGACUCCUUCGGGUGCACAGCUUUGCACUUAGCGGCGAUGAGAGGAAGACUAGACAUGGUGGACCUACUGCUGCAGACAGAGUGGAAGCAUCUGGAUGGCAAGAGCAAGAUUUUCGCGAGUACCAGUGAUCCGACGGUAGUUGUACCAGUUGGAGGACGAGUCGGUCUCGGCGAAGGUGGAAGUCCAAGUAAGAAUCCGACGGCAGUCUCCGUCUCCGUGUCCUCCAAGUUCGACGAGCAGGGAGGAGGUUCCAAUCUAGAGUUAAGGCACAGAAAAAGCCAACCCUUUACACAGCCCAUUCUUCUCAUUCCCCUUCUACACAAGGGGAAUCCAUUUCCAUACUGGGAGGUUGCUGGCGUAAGGUUGGGCUUUUCUCUUCGCUAAUAGAGGCAUUGCAGAGCAGCACUGAGCAGUACAAUCUCCAAAAACUGCGCGAACUGAAGCUACCGCGCAUCGUCGAUCACACGGGACGUACACCACUCUUCGUAGCGGCAUUUCAUAGACGACGGGCAGUGGCGGAGAGGUUGUACGCCAUCACGAUCGAAGAGACGACUCCAAAUUAUGGCUUCUUGCCAGAGGUAGAGAUAAACCUGGAAAAUGGAUAUGAAGAGGAGGAAGAUGCUGCAGUUCGGAAGCAGAAGUACCAACAGAGCGACUAUUUGGAAAUGGGUAGCGGACUGUCAGGAAAAGUCGUGAUUACAACAAUUAUGGACUGAUUCUUCGGAGGUUUUUGUUUUUUCUAGUUAGGUACUAUGCUCCACCAACACUAUGGACUGGUUCUCUGUGUUCGUGGUCUUGAAAAUGAUGAAGAAGAUGGUGAUCUUCAGCAUGAAUUUUGAGCCGUGCAUUGUCUUGAAGAUUUUUCUUCAAUGAAGAAAGAUACGACGAAAAUUCGCUUUAGCUUGUUCAAAAAUCUCUCCUCCCUCGAACUUUCCCAGUGUCAAAGCCGGUGAUGAACCAUUACCAGCAGGGCAAGCCAACGCUCCUCCCGACGUCCCUUCAGCAAGUAAAGCAGCUCCAACUGACUCCCUAGGGCUCCCCGUUGGGAUGCCUGCAGUGCAGCAGUCGGUAGAGGAGCCCUAUCCACUUGGAAUUGCUAAAGCAGGAGUAACAAGUGCGACACAUGCACAGCCACAUCAGGCAACAUCAACAGGAGGACCAUCUUCAGCCUCGUCGAUGAAAAAUAGUCCUCAAAAGCAACAACCGGCACAAAAUAAACCUUUGAGACCAGGACAGGUGAUUAAGCCGAGUCACAUGAUGUCCCAGUACUCGCAUACGCAAUCGCAGGAAACCUUUGACGAGAGCAAAAUUGUGCGAAACAAGGAAAGCGAUGCCUAUUGGCAAGUGGUGGAUAACUUAUGGCAAUGUAUAUAUAAGUAAUCAUGUUCUUGUUGAUGUUGUAUGUAAGAGUAAAUCUAAACUCACUGCGGAACUCGUCAAAAAUCGGCUCAUCAUGCUUCUCUUCUAUCAAGGCGUUUGAGUAGCUCCUCUACUAUCCGUGAGGAAAUACCUUUCCUGCUCAACACCUCUGCUUCUUCUAACACCCGGCGAACUCGCUCCCGAACCCAGCACACAGUGGCAGAAAAUCUUCACGCCAAACCAGGCAACGCAAAAGGAAAUGAAGCGAGGUUUCAGGGAAUACAAGGAGCUUAUCGGAAUGAUGGCUCCCGGUGAUGUGUCGUCUUCAGCGGAUGAAGGUGAAGUGCGAGAGCGACUAGAAGAGUCUAGGGGCAUAUACGAUGGAAAUCUGCUGCGCUAUGGGUCGGAGAGCUUUCUGCGCGGCUCCAGUCGACAUUCAAGGGAUAGGCAGGAGAACAUAUUGAACUUAUGGCAAAGUUGUACUCAUUGUCGUGUAAUUAUCAUUAUAUGGCAAAGUUGUACAACUCAUGGUGUAAGUAAGACUAAGAAGUCGCAAGAACGACCAGUCUUAUUGACAUGGCUGAGUCCUAGAAGUUCUACAUGUUGUUGAUGUGAACCUGAGCUAGUACCUAAAAAUCAAUCUUACCAAGAACAUCUGCUCUAACAGGCGAAGGUCUCCGCGACACGAUUAGUUUGGAACGCUACGACGACAUGCUGGCAAACCACUUCUUGGAAAGCAGUAGAGAUCAUACCUUCCAGCACUUUGCGUCCUCACACGUGACACUGCAAGAUCCUAUGAAUGCGGUUCCAAGUACCGAAGAUUUGCUCUCUGUCCACGUCCGAAACGGCAUGCUGCCGACCGCACCCUUGUCGAGAGGUUCAUCGCGUGCUGGCGGACAGCGGUCUCUUCAGAGUGCAGGAUUGUCGUCGUUGCAACCAACUGGUGGAGGCAGUGUGAUGCCACAGAUGAUGAGCGUGUCGUCGUCUGCUGUGGGUGCUGUUGGAAGCGUGAUGAAGAGACCUGCGAAAUAGAACGUUUUAGAAGUGCAUAGAAGAGCUUAUAUUAACUGUACAUCAUAGUGAAGCUACCGAGAAGCAGAAAAACAUUACAACUCGCAUUGAAUUUUUCAUCAUACCCAGAGUGAAGGCAACAUUUACAAGAAAUACAAUUCUAUAGCAGACUUUCCACAAAAAUCAUUAUACUAUAAGACGGAUCAAGCAUAAGUACGAAACGAAAAUGACUAGUAAGCAUCAACUGAUCGUGAUUCAUCUCUUUUACACUUACAGGAAGAUUAGCAUGACGCAACGUUUUUUUAAGACUUAAAUAAUGGCCAAAAAACAUCGCGUUGUAUACUAGUUUGACCAGGUUUUGUCAUAGCUAAUCUAUCAGUUGUAAGCCACCAAAAAAUUCUGAAGUUUUGAACUUGAAAUAAAAUGAACUGCAUUGAGAAUGUUUGUUGAACUACAAGUUGUAAAUGUAACAUGGUUAAGGUUAUGGUACAAAAAAUGUAGAGAAAAUUGAUAUUUAAUAGUUGGAAAUUUGACAAAAAGCAUUGAAUAGUUGCUGGAAAUGGACAUCAACGCGGACCGCAACCGUUAAAAUUUAGUCUUUUAGUUCGACAAUGAUAAGCGCCACUCUUCAUCACACAAGACGACAAGAUGAUGUUUGACAAUGUAUAAUACCGAUUCUCGAUCGGAUUUAAAGAU